AUGUCCGAAUUUGACAAAUACACUACACCAUUGUCUUCCCGUUAUGCUUCAGAGGAGAUGUCGUCAAUCUUCUCUUUGAGAAACCGUUUCUCCACCUGGAGAAAGCUUUGGCUAAACCUCGCUGUUGCAGAAAAAGAGCUGGGUUUGUCAGUAAUCACCGAUGAAGCUAUCGAAGAGAUGCGUCAGCACCUGAAGAUCACUGACGCUGAAAUUGGCGAGGCAUCUAAGCAGGAAGCCAUUGUGAGACACGAUGUUAUGGCUCACGUCCACGCAUUUGGCCAGACUUGUCCUAGUGCCGCCGGAAUCAUUCAUCUUGGCGCUACUUCGUGCUUUGUCACUGACAAUGCUGACCUGAUCUUCUUGAGAGACGCUUACGACAUCUUAAUACCUAAGCUAGUGAACGUUAUCAACAGACUGUCUCAAUUUGCUCUGCAGUGGAAAGACCUACCAGUUUUGGGCUGGACCCACUUCCAACCUGCUCAAUUGACUACGCUGGGCAAGAGAGUGACUCUCUGGAUUCAAGAGUUGCUGUGGGACUUAAGAAACUUUGUCAGAGCUAGAAACGACAUUGGCUUGCGUGGUGUGAAGGGUACCACUGGUACUCAAGCAUCCUUUCUGGCCCUUUUCCAUGGCGACCACGACAAGGUUGAAGCUCUUGAUAAGAGAGUUACUGAGUUGCUUGGUUUUGACACUGUGUACCCUGUUACUGGCCAAACUUACUCCAGAAAGAUCGAUAUUGACGUCCUAGCUCCCCUAUGUUCCUUUGCCGCCACUGCGCACAAGAUGGCUACCGAUAUUAGAUUGCUGGCCAACCUAAAGGAGAUUGAGGAGCCUUUCGAGAAGUCUCAAAUCGGUUCUUCAGCCAUGGCUUACAAGAGAAACCCAAUGCGUUGCGAGCGUGUUUGUUCUCUUGCCAGACAUUUGGGCUCUCUCUUCAACGAUGCUGUCCAAACUGCCUCUGUUCAAUGGUUCGAAAGAACUCUUGAUGACUCUGCUAUCAGGAGAAUUUCAUUGCCAAGUGCAUUCCUCACCACUGACAUUUUGUUGUCUACCUUGCUGAACAUCUCAUCUGGCUUGGUAGUCUACCCUAAGGUCAUCGAAAGAAGAAUCAAGAGCGAGCUGCCAUUCAUGGCCACUGAAAACAUCAUUAUGGCUAUGGUGGGCAAGGGCGCAUCAAGGCAGGAGGUGCAUGAGGCCAUCAGAGUCCUUUCUCAUCAAGCUGCGGCCGUUGUGAAGGAAGAGGGUGGUGACAAUGACCUAAUAGAGCGCAUCAAGAAGGACAACUUUUUCCAGCCUAUCUGGGACGAAUUGGACUCCUUGUUGGAGCCCUCCACUUUUGUGGGAAGAGCUCCACAGCAAGUUGAAAAGUUUGUUGGCGGGGAUGUGGCACAGGCUUUGGCUCCAUUCCAGGACAAAAUCACUGACGAACAAGUCAAGCUGAGCGUUUAG